CGUCCAGGUGCUAGACCUUCCACGCGCAUCUCUGACCUGCUGCACAGUUAAGGCCUAGCCCGAGUGGGGACGUGUUUGCUUUUGAGGCUCUCAACAUGGGAACGCUUCCUGCGCGGAAAGAUAUCCCGCCGUGGGUGAAAGUUCCCGAAGAUUUGAAAGACCCUGAAGUGUUCCAGGUCCAGACGCGACUGCUGGAAGCCAUAUUUGGCCCACACGGAUCUGGAAUCCCGUAUUUCGAGAAAGUGUGUAAGGCCAUGCUCGAGCUGCAUGUUCUGGAAUCCUCGGACCUCACUGAAGUCGUGGUUUACGGCUCUUACUUGUACAAGCUUCGUUCCAGGUGGAUGCUCCAGUCCCUGGCCGAGUGGCACCGCCAGCGUCAGGAACGAGGGAUAAUCAAACUUGAGGAAGCCAUGAAUGCCCUCGGACUAGGCCCUGAGAUGAACUGAAGCUGUUUUGUAAUCAACAUAUCUGGGACCAGGAUGUAAAGAAAAACAGGCCAGAGUUGGAGCAGCUCUAGUCUGGUUUAAACUGCUCCAGUUUGAUAAGGAAAAACUAGGCGUUUUGGGUUCUCUGGUUUUGCCUCUGAGUCCUGAUGUGACUUUCCCCCCAAAUUUGCCAAUAAAG